CCUUCCCCCUUUCUCCCCGUACGGUUUGCGCGGGUGCUUCGCUUACCGUCGCGGCCUCACCCAGCAGGUGGCGCUGUGGGGCGAGCGGGCCGCCGCGGAGGCCCUUCUGUUUCCUUCUUCCUGCGCACCGGGCGCCCGGACCCGACGGAGUGCCACGUCCUUAGUGCAGCGGCGGCGAGGAGGGCGGGGCGCGCGCGCGUGCGUGAGAAGCCGCCGCCGCUGCUGCUGCUGCUGCUGCUCCCGCCGCCGCCGCCGCCUCUGCUGGGCCUGAGCCAUGGGGUCGUCGCAGAGCGUGGAGAUCCCCGGCGGAGGCACCGAGGGUUAUCACGUCCUGCGAGUGCAGGACAAUUCACCAGGACAUAGAGCUGGAUUGGAGCCAUUCUUUGACUUUAUUGUUUCUAUUAACAGUUCAAGACUGAAUAAAGACAAUGACACACUCAAGGACCUGUUGAAAGCAAACGUGGAAAAGCCUGUCAAGAUGCUGGUGUACAGCAGCAAAACGCUGGAGCUCCGAGAGACCUCAGUAACUCCCAGCAACAUGUGGGGAGGGCAGGGGCUGUUGGGAGUGAGCAUUCGCUUUUGCAGUUUUGAUGGGGCCAAUGAGAAUGUCUGGCAUGUGCUGGAAGUUGAACCAAAUUCUCCUGCGGCACUCGCGGGUCUUAGACCCCAUAGUGACUACAUAAUUGGUGCAGAUACUGUCAUGAAUGAGUCUGAGGAUUUAUUCUCCCUUAUUGAAACGCAUGAAGGCAAACCAUUAAAACUUUACGUAUACAACACAGACACUGAUAAUUGCCGGGAAGUGGUUAUCACCCCAAACUCAGCAUGGGGAGGAGAAGGAAGCCUAGGCUGUGGCAUUGGCUAUGGAUACCUGCAUCGAAUACCUACACGCCCUUUUGAAGAGGGAAAGAAAAUUCCUCUUCCGGGACAGUUGCCCAGUACACCUCUUACUCCACUCAAAGAUGGAUUUACAGAAGUUCAGCUGUCUUCGGUUAACCCCCCAGCUUCAUUACCUCCUGGAACUACAGGCACCGAGCAGGGCCUGGCCGGGCUUUCCAUCAGCUCCACGCCUGCUGUCACGAAUGUGCUCAAUACAGGUGUUCCCACAGUACCAUUGUUGCCACCCCAAGCAAACCAGGCUCUUCCUCCAGUUAACCCAGCAGCUACAGCACCAGGUUUGAUGCCUUUACCUGCUGGACUUCCCAAUCUUGCUAAUAUCCCAAACCUGAAUUUACCUGCCCCACACCUAAUUCCUGGUCCUGGAGUAGCAGACAUUGGACAUUCUGGAUUGCCACCACUCUUUUCCAUGCCUCCAAUAAACCUCGCUGGAAUCACACCUCUGUCGCCGGAAUUUCUUACACAGUUUCCACUGGUUACUGAGGGGUCCACACGGGCUACGGAUCUGCUCACCUCUGCUCCUCAGGGCGGGAGCAUGCCUGCCAACCCUGGCAUCACUGUGGGUGUGGAGCAGACCCCCGCAUUUCACCUGGAUGCCACCGCUGCCGCUCCUCCUCCCAUCACCACAACUGUUUCCAGCGAUCCUGCUGCCAGGGCUUCUGCUCCCGAAGACCGGGGAGACGGGGCAGCCUCGUCCACUGAGAAGCCAGCCUCCUCGGCCACAGAGACAGCAGCUUCUGAAUCAUCGUAACUUCAGCUGAAUGGUUGGAUUGGGCUUGGUGUAUUUAUUCAGCUAUGGGAUAAAUAUUAAAAAAUGCAAACUACCAUUAAUUCCAUGCUAGUUUGUAUUUUGCUGUUAGGAUUCCUGUAAAUAUACUGAGGGUGACUGAAGGGUCUGGGAUUUUUAUGACAGGCUUGGUGUAAAGCAGGGUAAGGGAGAAGGAGUGCGUAUAUUUAAAAGAAAGAAAGAAAAUAUCAAAAGUAGAAUACGCAGACUUCAGCUGCCAAAAUUUAAGGUAUUUUUUUAAAGCCUGAUUCAAUCUGACUUUAUAGUAGGCCUCCUUGCUUACUUUUUCCCUCAUGUUUUGCUUCUGUUAGAAAUGAAGCAGUUCAUGCUUGUGGCAUUUGAGACCCAUAUUUCUUGUACUUUGCAAGAAUUAGAAUCUUGGUGAUACAUUGUGAAGGGGUAAAAGUGUUUACUUUUGUCCAAGUUGUACAUUUUAGCACUAUAAAGACCUUCAAACUAAAACGGUUUUAUUAAAAAAAAAUCAGAGUGUGACUUGUCAAUUCAGCAUCAUUUUAAAAUCUGCUUGUAUGCAGAUAUUUCUCUUGAGCUUCUGCCUGCCCUUACUGGAAUUUAAGCACUGCUGCUUUGCUUUAAAGCCCACUGCUGGAAAGCAUUUUGAUGAAAACAAGGAAAAAACUGGUAACACUGAGGGAGCUCAAAAGCAGAAGAAUGAAACUCUUGACUUUUUUGUAAAGCAAGUUAUAUGGAGAGACCUUACAUAAUGGCAAUAAAUUCUGAGAAUUUUA